GUUCGGGCUACGCAGGUGGAAGGAGGAGGUUUACGUUUGGGCGUACGCGUUGGUGAAGCUUGGAGCAACAACCACGAUGCUGGGAACAUCACUGAUGAGUAAGGCGUUUGAAGAUCACGAGGGCGAGUUCGCGCUGAUUGGUAAAGCUUCGCGUGAUCUUGUGGAUAUCAUGGGCGAAAUCGAGGACCACUUUGCGCCUUACGUGCAAGGCAUCAGAGAGAAAGCAGAGCUGUACAUCCCACAGAUUCGCCGUGAGGAUGGUCAGGAUGUCAACGUGUUUCUUUCGCUGCUGGGCAUCGUUUUUGCGCGCUUGGAUCAGAUCUGCGAGGACAGCAAAAAGACGGAC